GUAACUGUAAGCAUUUAAGUAACAGUGAUGACACGUUCGAUACAAGAUGUAAACAGAUUUUAAGAUCUUUAGAGAUGUAACCAGAGCUGUGUAAAAAUGCCAAUGUCAUCAAUUGAUGAGAGACCCAAAACUUUAAAGAGUGGGAUAUCUCUCAAAACAAAAUAUGCAGUACAGCAUCGCUCUGAUAUGCUCAUUGCAGAGCAGAUGGAGAAUGUGGCAGAGAAACAAGAGACUUUGUACAACCUUCUGACAGAGUUAGAGAAUGCCAAAACAGAAGAGGAGAUUGAUCGCCUUAGAGCUGAAGUACAGGCCUUGAAAGAGAAAUCUGAUGCUGCUCUUGUUCUUCUGCAUAUAUUGUACAAGAUAAACCAUGAACUACAAUAUGCACGCAAAGAUUUGGAGGAAGCUCUCAAGCACACAGGGGGAGACAUCUUGGCAGCCAGAAAGAGAGUCAUGUGGCUGGAGGAUCGCAUGGGGACACUGUGUGGAAAAGUUCGGCUCAGAGGUCAGCCCGUAUCUCAGAGAGUGUCCCAUCGAACUAGAGGGUCCACUGAUCGAGGCCAGUUAACCUUGACGUUCAGAUCAGAUGUCACUGAUGUCAGUGACGACGACGACCAAUUCACCAGACAGAAGUCUUUGCCACCAAUACGUCAAACUCAUGAUGAUUCGGAUGAUGAUGACAGGGGGAGGGGCAUGGGGGGAGGGCGAGGUGGAAUGAUGGCCACCCCUUCCAUGAGUGGAUCAGAAGACUUCAGAGACAUGCAAAUGAAGCGACCAGGAAUGAUGGACACUCCCUCCUCUGAUGCAAGUUCCUCUAUCUCUCCUGUAAAAAUGGGCAUGAUGCAACAUCAUGGUCCACAGUAUUCUGAUGAUUCUGAUGAUGAGGGAUCCAGUCCAGGAGCAAGUCCUAUUCCAAAGGCUAUAGAGGCUAAGGAGGAGGAGAAGAGGGAAUCCAGUCAGAGUGAAGGGGGUUCAGAGGCUGAAGAUCACAUUGGAGAACUUCCUACAAUGUUUAACCAGAGCAAACGAGAGAUAAGUGCUCAACCCAGGCACUCUUCACCGGAUAUUGGGCCUCCUCCAAAACAAGGAAUUGAAAUACCAACAGAAGAACAAGAAGAAGAAAAAGCUGAGGAAGACCAAAAAUUGGAAGAGAAAGAAUCUGAGGAAAAAUCAGGGGAGGAAACUGCUGAAGAGACAACCUCAGAGGAAGUUCCAGCUGGGGGGGACAGUGGCACUCAGGCAGACAAACCCCCCGAAGAGAAGACCUUUAUCACAGAGGUCUCAGUGGCCACAAACAAAAGCCGAGUCACCAUCAUGUCCCCAAAGAGGGAGGAUACUCGUCAAGUCAGUCAGUUUCCCAUAUCUCGGAAGCUUUACAAGCAAAAUUGUUACAAACCAGCAUUUCUGCGCGAGAUCGCAGAAGAGGAGCGGGAUCUUAUCAUGGAGUACUGGCAGUCUGAGCAUCAUCGCUUCGAGUAUGGACAAUUUUCUGACGUCCUUACACAGUUAGAUCCCUUAUCUUACCACCAGAUGGGGCUUGCAGUGCCCGGGAGUUUCCUGGAAAAAUAUACAAAAGAGUUUGAAGCAUUACCCUGGAAUAUUCCUGAAAAUAAGAAGUCAGCAGGGGACAUUACAGAUAUUCAUAAAAGAGCUUUGGAUAAACUAGCUGUGAAAGUUCAUCAGAUGUACAACAAAGUGUUUCAAGCCACUAUGUUGUCCGUGCGACCCUCCAAGAAACCAUCUGAUGGACAGCGAGAAGUCAGUUUCUUCCAAAGCAUUGAUCACUUGUCGACCAAGGAACCAACAAUGGCUUCAUCUGUGUUAGGAGCAAAGACUGCCACUUCUAGUACUUCAGUGGAGGACAAAAUUCGACCUACCACCAUGCAAACAGUUUCCAGUGUAGAAAUUCCAAAACUGGAGUCUCGUAGGCUGGGGACCUCCAAGUCUGGUCGACUGGUGUACUACCCCAAACCAAUACCGCCCCCUGAAGUUUUACCUUUGACCAGAACAACAACAGGAAAGGAGUAUCCAAAACUUGCCAACAGUUUUCUGAAUGAAUCAGAAAAUACCAAGGGAAAGAGAAGAAAACCUGCUGUUCGCAUCGUGGACCAGCGGAACCUAGCUGAGGAAACCAAGCUAACCCUGUAUAAGGAACGGAGUCGUGGCAGAGUUAAGGGUCCUAGUACAACUGAACAGAAGUUCCGGCUGAUGAUAGCGAGAGAGAAGAGUGCCACUAGCAGCACAAAGUCUGACGUGGUUCGAAGGUUGGGGCUGUCUAAGACUCUCACAAAAAUAUCUCAAGAUGAGGUUGACCUUGACUUUAAAUCUACCAGUCCUGAGGACGAGGACAAGGGUAGUGAAGCUGGAAGCGUUUGGAGUAAAAUCAAACCAAAGAGCAGAAACAGAGAGUAUUCUGGUCUGAAGUGGGAGAGAGUCAAGACUCUAGUUCAUACAAAUCUUGUUUCAAAGAGAGCAGAAGAGAGGGUUGAUGCUGCAAAGCACCUUGGCUUGCUUCGGUGUGGAGACACGAUGGUAUUCUAUGCCUUAAAGGAUAAAAUGAAAACAGAUGAAGAUGAAAGAGUGAGAUACGAGGCUGCCAAAUCUCUCAUUCUUGUUGGAUGUUGGGAGGACGAAGUCCAACAGGUCAUCCUGAAGUAUUUAGUGAUUGGAAAUGCAGAUAUAAGACUCGAUCUCAUCAAAACUAUGAUUGACGGCAAAAAUGUCCAGUAUGUUAAUAAGAAGACCAACACUUUCCCAGAGCUGGUGAAGGUGCUGAGUCAUUUCUGCCGGAAUCCAGCUUCUGAUGACCCCAUCGCACUGGAAGCUGCUGUGUUGCUAGGACGAUUGUGUGUUGAUGACGAUAAUGCCAGAGCGGAAUUGAAGCGAUCUCUGGAGUCGACAACUUCAGAUACUCACAAGAAAGCUAAGUCUCUGGAGAUCCUUGUUAAACAACUGAAUUGUACAGACCAGGAUAUUGUCCUGAGCAUUCUGGACAUGAUCAAGUCAUCCUUUGUGUGGAAAUACAGGGUACUGGCCACAGAGCUACUCAUUACAUUAGGUAUAAAACAUGUCUGUCAAGAUCCAGAGGUGGUGGAGAAGGUUUACAAGAUUCUAGAACGCAGGCUCUGGGACGACCCAACCGUUGAAGUCAGAGUGGCAUCUGCUAAAGCUCUGACAGCUCUUGGAAUGUUCAGGCGGGCCUGUGACACGAUAGAAAAACGACUGGAGGACACGGAUGAAGAUGCCAGAUCUCAGGCAGUCAUUUCUGUGGGAACCCUGGGAAUGAAGAAUGAGAAGAUAACACGGCUUCUUCUGGAAAUGUUAGAGUUAGAUUCAAGUGACUAUGUUCGCCUAAUGGUUGUGAGGACGUUUGUGACCUUGAACAUGACAGAGAAGCGAGUUAUUCGAGCUCUUAAAGAACGCGAGAGAGCAGAGGGGGCUCUUGGAAGAGAAGCAAAGAAGGCUGUGGUCAUUCUGGAGUCCCUGACUCAGCUUCCACCCCCCAGUCCUCGCCGUACCCAGACACCGACCUUCAACAACAAAGGAAACAGUUCCCUGGGGUUCCUUCGACCUGUCACUCAGAGUGUUUGAUUGACCAUCACUCCACAUCUAGUCCUAGAACAACAUGGUCAAUCAAAGCUCAAAGCUUUCAGAUUUUACAUCUACAUUGUAUGAUAAAAAAAACAAAAUUGCACGGAUGUACCAUCUACUGACAAGAAAUGUAUUGUUGACCUAUUUGAAUUAACAAUUUUAAUAAAGCCCUUUCCUGAUUAUGAUACCAUUGUAUUAUGACAGAAAUCCAUAAGUUCUAGAUGUAAGAAAAUAAACAUUCUCAUCAGCAUGUUAUGAAUUGAAAUAGAUACAUGCAUUUAAAGCUUGCUUUCACCAGGGGGAAAUUUACUGAACAAACAAGUGUUAUCUUUAUUGAAAUAUUUAUCAAGGAAAGUGCAAAUAGAAGGUGUAAAAGUUAAUGGAUGGCAGUUGAUUUACGAUAAAGAAAAGAGUAUUACAUGGCAUUUGAUUGAAAAAAUCAAUUUUCUUUUUUUAAAAUAAACACUUCAGGUUAAAUGUUACAGCGAAGCGAUUAAGUGUCAGUUUUAUUGAAGGAAAAAUUGGUAAUCGUUGAAUUUACUGCUGCUGAUUGUUGAAAUGGAACCUUAAAUUUUGUGAUAUCUUAUGCAUUUAAUACGUGUAUUUUUCUGUAAAUUAUUAUUUUAUCUGCGUGUACAAUAGUUUGUUAUUGAAAGUACAUACAUAUUUUAUGACAUCACGUUGUUGUUUUUUUAAGCACUCUGAAUUUUAUCAUUACUUUAUCAUUAAUUAUCUGUGAUAAUAUUCUAUUUUUGACCACUUUAAAUUCGUCCGUUUUUUUUUUUUUACAUAUUACCGUGCCAACUAGUGUUGGUGAAAUACAAAAUGGACUUUUGAUUCAUUUUGAUGGUAUCGUUACUUACUUUGUUUUGUCCAUAUCAAUUUAAAUUAAUAAUUUACACAUAUAUUGUGCCUUAUUGAAUUGUUUUUGUAUUAUGUUACAAUAAAAAAGUGAAAAUUUGAAAAUCUAUAGUGAAUUGAUAUCAAAAUAAACGAUGUCUUAGCAGGUGUUUGAUAAACGCUCAUAUAUGAGGACUCUCCUUUUUGAGAGUGUUGAUUCAAACCAACUCUCCGGCAAAACAGAAGUGACACACUGUUUGGACCGAAGCACAAUUGAUGAAUGGAAAACUAUCACCGACGACAAGACUUAGUACUUGAAAUUAAAUUGUUUUUCAAGAAAACUUGCAUUGUAUCUAUGAAUAGCUUUAAAAAGUCAGAUUUGGAAAGAGUAUGAACAGUGUCGAUAUUUUUGUAGUAUGUAUUCUUCCGCCAAAGUUCAACAAGACUAGUUCGCUUUCAUUGAUUACCAAAACGCCACUUCAACAGUGGCGGCAUUUAGAAUCGAGGACAGGCUAUAUAAUCAGUCAAGGGCGUCGGCCGCAAUCCCAAUAAUUUUGCCAAAAAAAUGAUUUAAAAAAAAUUAUUAUGGCGAUCUGUGGGGACAGACAUAAAUAACAUACAUGUUAUUUAUGUCUCUGGUGGGGAUAAAUACUGUUCAGCGCCAAAAACUUGUUUGCUAGAAAUUUGCUUGGUUACAAUUUUCCAGAAAUAUUUCGAUUACUGAUACAUAAAUAAUGCAUUGUAGACUUUAAAUUUAUUUUUAGAUAUUACACAACAUGUGAAUUAUAUGCGGUUUUCCAUCUACCUGUAUGCUUGGAAUUUUUGUCCAAAAAGCACAAAAAUUUAUAUUUUCAAAUAAAGUGCAUAAUUUUUCAAUAAAGCUUAGAAACUAUU